AUACCCAAAACGCUUGAAAACAUCGAUAUCGAUAAAAACAGAAAUCGUGACUUUAAAAUGAAUGGCAUGAAUAAUCAGACCGCUCACGUGAAUUAUUAAAAUACAAGGUUUUAAUGUUUGCUCUGAUCAUUAUUUAAAGGAUCGCCUAAGAUUGCGUUCAUCCGUGAUAUCUCUGUUUCAUCUUCCCUAGCUGGUUGUUGAAAGAAACGGUGCUAAAAAUCUUACAAACAUAUAACAACCCAAGAUGGGAUUCAUACAAAUAUUGGAUGCAAGGUGGAUAAUUCUGGUGCUGGCAGUAGUCAAGCCAAGUUACGGGACCGUCGCCUGGGACUCCGCGUGCGGCGUGUCAAAGGGAUGCUUCCCGGACUGCCAGAGCAGUGGCUGCAGCUACCUGGUCACGUGGGACCCGGCGGCCGGCUCCACCAUCACGUUCAAUAUGAAGGCUGACGAAUCAGAGACCAACAUGUAUCUCGCCCUUGGGUUCUCCAGUGAUCUUCGAAUGGGUGAUGACAGCGUGGUGGCGUGCUUCCCGCCCAGUGGCUCGAACGCGGCCUCCGUCCAGUCCUGGUUCAACGAGGGUGACGACAGCGACCCCUUAUCACCCUCUUCUACGGGCCUCUCAGGAACUGCGGUCACCCAGAGCAACGGCGUUAUCUCGUGUGACUUCACGCGUGAUGUGAGCGUAAGCGGGAACUCGCAAUUCUUCGACCUGAACACCCAAUAUCGUCUUAUGCUCGUGUUAGGAGAGGCAGAGUACGAAGAUGGUGCUUGGAAGAUGGAGGAACACCACAUGAUCCCGUGGACGUCGGACGGCAAGGUGAACUUCCUGUCCACUAGUAUCUACUCCCUCUACAAACUGAACAGCCCGCUCGUCAAACUGCACGGUAUUAUGAUGGUGUUGGCGUGGAUGUUGUGCUGCACCGUCGGUAUCGUUAUUGCCCGCUACCAGAAGGACAUGCUGCCAGACAAGAAACUCUUCGACACCAAAUACUGGUUCCAGCUGCAUCGCGGUUCUAUGAUCGGCCUAGUUGUGUUUGGAGUGAUCGGGUUUAUCCCUAUCUUUGUCGAGCUGGAGGGGUACAGCCAGCUAACGCCGCCGUCGUCCAAGAGCGCCACCAAAGCCCAUCCGAUCCUAGGCAUCAUUUGCACCGUUAUCAUGUUUCUCAAUCCGGUGAUGGGCCUGCUCCGACCUGGUGGCGACCACAAAUUGCGGCCACUGUUUAACUGGGCUCAUCUCGGGGUUGGCGUGAUCGGUCAUAUACUUGCAGUUGUGGCGACGAUGAUGGGUCUUGCGAUGGAGCGUUCCGAUAUUCCGGUGGGCGGGCUGAUCACUGGUCUGAUCUGGCUGGGCGUCAUUUUCAUCUUUGCGAUCAUUAUGGAAGUUCUAAAGUGGCGUGACAACAAAAACAAACAAACAGUAGACACUAAGAACGCUGCAAAUGGGAUGGAAAUGGAGGAGAAGAAGGAGGAAAAACAGAAACAGGCGACAUCCCUCAACUUUAUUCUGUUUCUGGUAUUCUGUGUGGUGAUGUUUUGUUUCUUCAUCGCUAUCAUGGCUGUCAUCGCCGCCAGCUAGACCUCCAUGUUCAACGCUUCAUGACUUCUCCGUGCUGUGCCGUUUCAUGUAUUGACAAUAUUUAUUGAUGAUGUUAUUAGAUCGUUCCGUUGUGUUAAAACGGGAAAAGGGUAUUUAACUUUGAGAUUUUGGUAUAUAAUAUCAUAAUUAAUUUGUUGCUUUGUGACAGAUCGAGUGCCAAAAUAAUUGGCUCUUAAAGCUGCACUCUCACAGAUUUACCGUUUUGGCAGCAAAAAAAACUGUCUUGGAUUGAGCCUUUUUUGGCAUAAGUCUAUGGAUAUCAGUGUAACAAAAGUCUAUGGAUAUCAGCGUAACAAGGCUGCUGACAAAAGAUCAAUUUCACAUAGUUACGUGCGAAAAUGAAUGUUUUAUAGCUAAAAGCGUUUCUAACGCUUUAAGAAAAGUGAGUCUGAAUGAAAGGCAUUGAUGCCAUAAUCAGCUGAUUCUGAGCCAAAAAAAAAAACUGUCAAUCUGUGAGAGUGCAGCUUUGAAGACUAUGGAUAAAAGAGCUUUUAAAUUUGCACUCUUAACAGAUUAACCGUAUUGACAACUUUCUUAGUUUUUGUCUUUAAAUGAGCCAAUUUUUACGCAAAUGUCUGGAAACCAUUGGUAUAAGACUGCUGAAAAAAUAUCAGAUUUCAUUUUAUGUUUACGUUCGAAAAUUGAUGAGUUAUGGCCAAAAGCGUUUUUAACGCUUUAAGGAAUAAAAAAAAAAUAUUUUUCGGCAGUUUCCAAGCAGUUGAGAUCUGUUCUAUUGUGAGUCAUCUUAUAUGACUGAAUUGAAAGCAUUGAUGCCAAAAUCAGCUGAUUCUGAGACAAUUUUUUUUAGAUAAAAUAAAAGUAAAAACUGUCAACAUGUGAGAGUGCAGCUUUAACAUUAAGGUGGAGCCAAUAGAGAACAAACUUAUUUGUGGGAAGAGUUCCUUUAUUUCUAACCAGAAAAGUAUUAAGAAAUCCGGUGUAGUUUGUUUCAUAUUUUAAUGUAUCUAUUUUUAGAUUCCUAACUUACUUUAUUUAUUUUACAUUAUUUUUCCUCGUGCUACAUUUUAAGCGGGUUGAAUUUUAAAAAUGUCUAUGAAUGAAUAUACAUUUUGCACUCUUGAAAUUACUAGGUUGAAAUCACGCCAGUUUCUUUCAUAUUUAAGAGUACGUAUUUUCAUGUUUGUAAGCUUACUUUAUUUGUUUUGUAUUACCGUUCCCCUUUGCUACGUUUUAAACGCUUUGUUUUUAAGAUAUCUAGUUUUAUAAAUAAAUACACAUUUGUAU